AUGGAGGUUAAAUCCUCGGCGAAACGCCACUAUGACAUAACCAUGUCAAGAAGAACAAGGAAGCAAAAUGAGAAGCCAAUCUCAAAGGAUGUUUCAACAACAAAAGAUGUCGCGUCUCUCGAAACCACCCUUCAUGAGAUGAAAGAAGGUAAUGAGAAUAGUAAUAAUAAUAGUAAUAAUAAUGAUCACAAGAGCUUGAAGCAAUUGAUUGUUGGAGAAGAGAAAGAGACAACAACAAAGUGUAGUAGUAGUGAUGAAGGUGAUAAUAGCAAAGGAAGAAACUCACUCGGAGAACAUUUUUCGGAGGAAGAGAAACAACUUCAACUUGUUAGGGUGCAACAAAAAGACAAUCUUCAAGGUUUGAAGUUUAAGAAAUUGGUUCGUCGUUAUGCUAAAGUUUUGGGGCAUUUAAUUAAGGCUAAACGUGAUCCUCAUUUAGGUGAUGCUGGCAAAAAACAUGUUUUCAAGUUAUCAGGUUAA